AUAAAUCACAGCCUACAGGUACAGCUAGUGAGCUAUCGCAGUCUACAAGUACAGCUAGCGAGCUAUCGCAGCCUACAAGUACAGCUAGUGAGCUAUCGCAGUCUACAAGUACAGCUAGUGAGCUAUCGCAGUCUACAAGUACAGCUAGUGAGCUAUCGCAGUCUACAAGUACAGCUAGUGAGCUAUCGCAGUCUACAAGUACAGCUAGCGAGCUAUCGCAGCCUACAAGUACAGCUAGUGAGCUAUCGCAGUCUACAAGUACAGCUAGUGAGCUAUCGCAGUCUACAAGUACAGCUAGUGAGCUAUCGCAGUCUACAAGUACAGCUAGUGAGCUAUCGCAGUCUACAAGUACAGCUAGUGAGCUAUCGCAGUCUACAAGUACAGCUAGUGAGCUAUCGCAGUCUACAAGUACAGCUAGUGAGCUAUCGCAGUCUACAAGUACAGCUAGCGAGCUAUCGCAGUCUACAAGUACAGCUAGUGAGCUAUCGCAGUCUACAAGUACAGCUAGCGAGCUAUCGCAGUCUACAAGUACAGCUAGUGAGCUAUCGCAGUCUACAAGUACAGCUAGUGAGCUAUCGCAGUCUACAAGUACAGCUAGGGAAACUUCUAUCGUACCGAAACCAUUUGC